AUGCCGGACAGGUUUGCCCGUCCACCGUUCAACUACUAUGACGGGAAGAUUGAUCCCGUAGAACACGUCAGCCAUUAUAUUCAGAUGAUGUCUUUGUAUACUCAUAACGAUGCGCUCAUGUGCAAGGUUACGAAAAGGUCCAUACGUAAUUUAUCCGAGCUGAUUCAAGAGUUCGAAGUCAGGUUUGUGAUGUGCAGCCGAGUACCUCAACCAGUAUACGCGCUUCUCUCAAUGAAAAUGAGGGCGGGAGAGACCCUCCGUAGUUACGCCAGCUGGUAUUGGGAGCUGUACAACGAGAUUGGCGGGGAUAACGAAAGGGUGGCAGCAAGCACAUUUAGGAUGGGGUUGCCCGAGGAUUCCGGGCUACGAGAGUCGUUAACCAAGAAGCCGCCCGAAGGCAUGCGGCAUCUUAUGAGAUGCAUCGAGGAAUACAAACGAUUAGAAGAUGACCGGCUGCAGAGCAAAGGCAAAGCGUCGAUGAUAACUUGUCCCCGGCAGGCAAGUUUCCCGUUCAGGCUUCGUGGGGGUCUGGCAAUUCAAGAACCGGCCGCACAAAUGGGAGAAGUGAACGUGACGUUUAAGGAACUGGUACACAGGAUUCUUGACCGAAUCAAACACGAGCCGUAUUUUCGAUGGCCGAACAAGAUGGGAGGGGACCCAUCCAAAAGGAAUCAGAGUCUGUACUGCACUUAUCAUCGAGACAAGGGUCACACCACCGAAUAG